AUGCGAAAAGCGUAUCUAUGUUCUCAGCUAAUCCAUCCAUUCGAUUCAUUGGCUUCGCCAGCGAUUUACUCCAGUUUUUGGAGCCUACGGGCCACAUCUCCCUACGGUGCAAUAGAAAACACUAUCAAGCUCAUCUACAAAAAAGGGCAUCGCUAUGUGAAAAUCACAGACUUCGUUGCUGUGUCUCAACUCAUAAAACAGCAUCAAGUGACUGGACGAGUUCCGCGCUCUAUCGAUCUCACUGAUUAUUUUGAUACGACCAUUACAAUUCUAGCUGACUACAUCGAAAAAGGAGAGAUAAAAGCUAAAAUAUCAUUCUACGCUUUGGCAGAGCUACUGAAGCUCACAAAGACUUUUGUGAUGGAAGAUCUACAAAGGCGCCUUGAAGAGAUCCUUAUUUUGACCGCCGAUACUUCUACCGAUCAUCUCAUACAAGCGGUUCUUGUAGCUGGCACAUCAAACAUUACAAAAGAGACGGAGAAUGCCCUGCAUUAUCUCGCCGCUUGGAGUUUUGUGGAAAUGGCCAAGUUACCGGACUUCCAGCGCAUUCCGUACCACCAGUUUGUCAUGCUUCUAGCCAGCUGCGAGCUACAUGUUGCUCAUGAAGUCGUCGCUGCUGAUGCCGCUCUUCUAUGGCUUGUCGGUCAACCUCAUCCAGCUGUUUACGUGCCUGGUGUAUUUUCCGUGAUUCGUUCCGCUUAUCUAAGUAAAGUAGAUCGUCAGCUCAUCGUAGAACGCAUCGCUACUCUGCAAAUGCCGGAAUCGGUGGCUCGUUUCGCCAAAAAUUCGAUGGAGUCAAAGCAUAGUAGCCGAAUCUGCCUUGAAGGAACACACAUCAAUCGUCAUCUAGUCCGUUGUGGUAUACCAGAUCCUGAGAAACGUCCGAAAGAGACACAACUAGUAUUGAGUAGACCACGUGAGGGGAUCAAAUGGAGUGAGAAGAGUAAGCGCUAUAAGCAGAAGAAGCUCGGAGGGGUAGAAGAAGCAGCCAAAGCAAAAGAUCUAGCCGCAAGAGUAGAUCGCAGCGUUCAUCAAGAAGUAAACGGUCGCCAAAAUCGGAAAGAUCCGGAUCAAAAAGCAGGCGCUCGAAAAGAAGCAGUAAAUCGUCAAAAAGACGUCACAGAUCUAGCUCAGAAAGACGUCGCAGCAGGCGUGAAAGUAGAAGCAAAAGCAAGAGGAGCCAAAAAUCAGAACGUAGUAAUGGAAAUGGUGAAGGAGCGAAAGAGGCGAGAAAAAGCGUGGGAAGAAAACGAGGGACGAGUAAAUCUCUUUGACAAAGCCACUGAUACAGCGUAGAUGAAAUUUGAUGUAGUAAAGCAGUAUGUAGCUGUAUUAAAGCUGUUG